ACCUACUAAGACAGAUUCGAGGAUUCACCCAGGAACCAUCGGCAGGCCACCGACAGAAUCCCAUCGGCAGCAUGUUCGCGACGCGUGCUUGCGUCGUUGAUAUCAGCGUCAUCCCCUGUCCCCCUCCGAUCCGCGUUGGCCCCGGUGUCGGAGGAACAAAGUUCACAUGGACUCCGCAGAGUGAACUACAUCACCGGACCAUCGUAACGAUUCACCUUCAGUCUCUGUGAACGCGUCGUCGAGAACCCGUCGGUCAUCCCGGAGGAAAAGUGUCCUCGAGGAUUGGAUGCGCGACACAACCGGAAGUCGGUGUGUUUCGCCAACGUUUGUGCUACGAGUCUCGCCGAGCCAGGAAUCCGUACAGCCUGAUACCUUGAGUGAGGAACCAUAAUAGUGUCUAAAAUAAGAGGACGACGAGAGAAACGAGCCGCGACCGAUGAAGCACGGCUUCAUGAGCCGAACUCUCGCGAAAUAUCAAUUCAGCGAUUGUGACGACCCGCCUGAUCCUUUGCAACUUUGUCAAUUUUAUGUCUCCAUCACGAUAAUUAGAUAGGACGAAGGCAAGGCUUUGAUUCGAAUACUCGGUUCUCGAUUCGUUUAUUGUUCGAUUACAAGUGAAGGAUUCACUUCAGGCGGUGUCUCGUGAUAUAUCUAGUUGCACGCUACUGUCAAUACAGGAAUCGCCGGCUCACAAUAUCUCAUCGCUUACAUACAUAAUAGUCAACAAGAGCGAUACCGUGCUAUUCGCGCAAGUUAGACGUCGUCGGGAUUCCUCGAGAAGAAUAUGGCGAUCGACUCAGUUCAGAGGAAAUAAUCGACUCCCUCUAAAAUUGCAUUCGCAUGGGAUCCAUGCGUCAAGAGCAUCGAGACAAGAUCGGGACCUUCAUCCGAUGGAGGAGUAGUAAUUUCCAACGUUUAACGCGAGUGAAUCAUCAGUCGAUCGAGUCGAUCGACGAAAUCAUUCAGAUUAAUCGUCGCUUAAGUCCGGAUCGCGAUGCGUUUGCCCGUGGUGUUUUUCGUUAUUCUCGGUAUGGGCGGAAUCAGGGCCAACUGGUCCGAAGUGACCAAUCCUCUGAUGAGAGUGUGGUACACGUUUCUCCCUCACUCGCCGGAAUCGUCAGAAGUGUCGGCCAGCAAGGCGGCCGAGUGCGUCGGCUGUGCACAGAAUAAGGUCACUCUAAUUGACCACAACCCGUUCUUGACCGAGCUCAGGGUGGAGUACGUAAAGCAGCAGAUCUUGAAGAAGCUGCGGCUGUCGAAACCGCCCGAGGUCUCGAUGCCGCUAUCGACCUUGCCCAAGCCCCUGAUAAGCAAUGUGCUCGAACUUCGACCCGGAGCACCGCCCGAGCCGGAAAGACACGCAGAGAACUUCUACGGCAAGACCGAUCAGAUUGUUGUGUUCCCGAACGAAGGUGUGGCCGAUUCGACGAAAUGCCGUCAGAACUCGAAUCACAUAACGGGGUUCAAUCCGGCGGCCUGUUUCACGUUUUACCUGCCGAACGAGAUGCAGUACGUAGACGUGACCUCGGCGCAGCUCUGGUUCUACAAGGAGCAGGACGAGAACGACGACGAGCUCAACCAGACCUUCGUGCUAUCCGAGCUCGAUCACUGGGACCUGGGCGGUAGCUUCGAAAAGAACACCGUCAUGGCAAUCUUCGAGACCGACAUCGGAGAGGGCUGGGUGCAGACGGACUUAGCAUUCAUGGUGAAGAAAUGGAUAGGUCGACGUCGACUGAACCACGCUAUUCAGAUAGCGUGCACCACGUGCUCGAUGGACCGCGACAUCGCGCCUGUGUCCGUCGAGCAGACUCUGAAGCCGUUCCUGGUGAUUCACACCGCACCAUUUCCACAAAAGAAUAGACCUAAGAGGAACUCAAACUGCCUACCCGAAAUGAAAGAGUGCUGUCGAGACGAACUCUAUAUUAACUUUCAAGACAUUGGUUGGAGCGACUGGAUUCUACACCCGAGCGGAUAUCACGCGUAUUUCUGUCGAGGAUCUUGUUCUACAGCAGCUUCCUUAACGAACAGCGGUUCGCAUUACAACAACGUUAUCAGAAAGUUGUUGACCAAAGACAUGGUGCAACGGAAGAACCAGAUAGUGCCAUGCUGCUCGCCGACGCAACUCGCCCCGCUUCAGCUGCUCUACAUCGACUCGAACAACACGAUCACGCAGAAAACACUACCGAACAUGGUGGUGGAGGCUUGCGGUUGCAUGUGACGCCACCACCUCGAAGACAGAGGGUGGAUCGGUUAUUAUCGCCGAGAAGACGAGACUCUCUGCGAUCACCCUUACGCCAUCCUGUCCAAGGCUUUCGCUCGCGCUUAAUCACCAUAAGUUUCAUCCUACCGAGAUGCUGCGUCUCAUCUCGUUUGUCUCAUCAAUGCGAGAAGAUUGGCAAAAACGCGCAAAAACACACGAAAAUGACGAAUUGCGCCUAAAUCUCGCGAUAACGAUUAGAGAUAACGGCACGCUCAACAUGCGAGCUCACUCAUCGUAUUUUAUUAAAUCAUGAACGAUAGCAUUGCAAAGUCACUGUCGGGAAAGUUAUGAAACUUCCAUGAUUUACGCUAUUUACUUUUAUUUGUGUAACAUCACGUUUAUCAACAAAACGCUAUUGUUCGCGAUAGAGAAUUGUCAUCGGACGAUAAACUGCAUACAAGAACAAAUCGUCCUUCUUGAUUAAUAAAAAAAAAAUAGUAAUACGAUUGCUAUGCGCGCGCGUUAGCUGAAUACCGUAAUACAUGAGCUCGCAUGAUAUGAUAAAGGCGCGUCUUCAUCAGAAACUUUAUCCUUAAACGUUGACGUGGCCCGAAUUGCGAGACCAAGCGAGCGCCCUCACGGUGUCAUGGGAAAUUAAAGCGUGAAUUAAGGCGAGCGAAAUCGUGGAGGGAAUCCAUUCCGUGUUUUGCCAUAAAUACUGACACAUCCGCGUGCCUGCCGCACGUCCACAAAAUUAAUAGCGGAAGAUCUUUUGAGCAAUUUUGACAGUGAAUCUCGUGUCUGUUUACGUAAAGCCAUGUCUCCUGUUUCUAGAGCGCGAAUCUCUUACCGAAUCUCAACUCCGGCGAAUAUAAAGACGCCCUCCGUGCCUCUCAAAAAUAACGACUAUCUCGAAUCGACGAUGUGACCAAUGACACACUAGAAGCCAUACAGUAUUUUCUUACCGAAAAUCCACUUAUUCGCCAUACAAUUUGAAUCCGUUACGUCGAUCUGACUUGUAUUUAAUUUAAGCAGCGUGACAGAAUAGAAUUUAUUUAUUGCUAAGAUAAGGAUUUCACGUCGUCGCCUUGUCAUCGGCAGUUGGCUCGCGGGCACGAUUACAGCAAGCAAUAAAAUACAGUAGCGACUAGUUUAGCGAUAAAUACGAGCGAUGUGAGCACAAUAUUGAUAGAAUCUUUGUCAUUAAGCGAUGCUAAGCGCCGACGAUAACUGAAAGGAUGAACUGCGAAAGGCACAGACUUCGAAAGGUUCUAAUAAAAGGCGGAGCAAUAUUAUCGAUGUAUGAUAUUGUACUUGCGUUUCCUUUUUUAUAGCUUUACGAAACGCGUCGAGCGUGAGAUAAGUAUAUUCGCGGGGAAUCAAUAUCUCCCUUGCAACGCGGCUCAAGAACGCAAAUCCGACGAGAUGGAUUCUUUUUGCAUUUGAAACCUCGCUGGCUUACGAUCUUAAUUCAAUCAAGAUGAUAAUUUUUAUUUUGUGUGAAUAAAUAAUAUACAAUGCUAUCGAAUUUGUAAUAUUUCGCCUAGUUCGUCCACGUAUGAUUUUAAUCGUGUGACGCGGAUGUAAAAAAAAAACAAAUUACACUUCCUGCACAUUUUUAUCAUACGCACGUCAACCAAUCUGUUGUACGUCGACAUAAGUCGCACUCAAACCUACAUCGCGCUCGUUUUUUUUCGCGAAACACGCGAAAACCCGGCUUGAGAGAAUUCAUGGGGACGGAUGAGGGCAAAAACUGUGGACGAACUUCCGUGCGCGGCUUCGAGAGUGGAUUAGCGCGUUCCAUUCAAAAAAUACAUUUCGCGUUUCCCGCCCCUUCGCGUAACGCUCGAUAAACCUUUCCCGAGUAAAUCCAUCUCGCGGGUUUCUCCCUCGGCGCCAUGUAAAUAUAUCAUUCGUGUUUUGCUGUACGGUGCCACGUCUCUGUAAAUGAAUUUCCUGGAGCGCUUCCUUCCUCCGUCCGGGAGACAGACACAGAAACGACAACGAGGAGGAAGUGGAGGAGAGAGAAAGAAAGAGAGGAUACGAGGAAAACGGAAAAGAGAGAAAGAGAGAGAAACGGAGAGAGGAACGAGGAGAGGAUGGAAAGCGGAGGACUACGCGAAGAGAACGGGAGAGGAAGAGGAAAAGAAAACAAGCACCAGGCAGAACGGGAGACAAUGGGUGGCACUGUACCGCGGGAUCGAAACCGAGUAUGUCCUUUAGAGGCAUUAAAUGCACCAGGGAAAUAAUACUUAACGCGACUCUGCGAAGCAAGUGUAUGUCUUUGGCGACAGCAACGAGAUAGCGUAAUCUUUACUUAUACGGAUCUGGGCCCCGCAUCGCGUCAUGCUGCUGUUGUUAAUUAAGGCGAGGCAAUUUCCAAUCUUUAUAAUCCUAAUGGGAUAUCCGAGAUGGAUGGAUAUCGCGAUAUUGAUGUGAUAUAAAUAAUACGAUACUUCCCUUCGUCGCUUUCAAUGAAAUCUACAGUAAGAUUAUUUCCAGAGAAAUUAGAGAAAUAUCAUAGAAUAGUAUUACUGAAUAGUAAGAUUGAAUUAAUUAAAUGUAACUAAAGAAUAGAAAAUAGUUUAUAGAUCGUCGGGAUUACAAAGAUUGAAAAUGCAAAACUAACAUCCGCAAUCACGAUCCAGCAGGCCGCAUGAUGCAAGCGAAGAUCUAUAUUUUUACUGCAAAUUUUGUACGGAAUACAGCCGGUUUCAAGCCUCCGCUAACGUCAAACAACGUUCUCUACAACGUGUUGUUUCAGUAAAUUUUACACCACCCUUCAUAACUGUAAGAUUGUGCACGGAGUAAGUUCGUGAUGAGAUUGUAGAUCAAGAUUGUGUAAUGUAUAAUUUAAUUUAGACCACAAUUAUAUAUUUGACAAAAUAA